UGUUUAAAUUAUAAUAGUGAAAUACUACAAAAAGGCAUUGAAAUAUUACAAACUUUAGAACUCCAGAAAGGCACAAUACAACAACUCGUAAAAACCAUUGUUUCAAAGCGUAAGGGAGCGCAGGGCCAAUGCAUGGUGAAAUUACUUAUUAAGUGGUGUCUUCACCACAUACAUUCAUAUAUAUGUAUGUAUGUUUUCUUUCAAACAUGCAGAAGUAAAACGUUGGCUAUCUCUAUCUAGCGCUUGUCUCUUGUCGUCACCAGAGCAGAUGACACCACCUUUCAGUAAUUUCACCAUGGCCAACGGCUUAAGAGCUCGAAUAAUUUAAGAGAGACCUCUCGCUCUCUUAUUACUUUGUUUGAGCGCACUGCCAUGACUGCUUUUGUUUUUGCUGCUCAUAUUGCAGGCCGAUAAAAACUGCUGAUAGCACAAUUGUUCUCCCUCAAGUUUAAAUUGCCGGGCGGGUUUUAUUGCACUGAAAUUAGCACGAAUUCACGACGAAACAGCAACGAUCAAAAUCUUAUCGGAGCGCCUAAUAAGCAGAGCGCUAGCACCAAAGAGCCAAAGCGCCGCAGAGAUAGCGCUAAAUUAAUAGAGCAAGAAAGAUCGGCAGAAAGAGGGGGAGAGCAGCUGGACUUAGUGCAAGUUAUAUUCAGAAGGCCACUCGCGUUUCGUGCGAGGUCUCUAUGCAAAUGCCGCACCCUAUACACAAACACCUUGAAAGAGAAAGAGCAUGAAAGAGAAAGGGAGAGAGAAACUAUUCGUCAGGGCGUGAAAGUGAGCAAACUAUAUUUAGUCGCCGGCCGAACGCAAAGCGUGUUUUGUGUUGUUUAUUAAAGACGCGAACAUUGGACGAAGCAGAAGUGUGCCCGCGAGUCGAUUGCCGGAAAACCAACAACAACAAUAUCCCCCUCAAAAUGAGUGCCGCAUCCCUUCGCCUGCUCAGCAAAACCAAACAGACCGCCCGCAUCAUCAUAGUCGGGGCAGGAUCGGCGGGUAUCGCGGCCGCCACCCGCUUGUUGGAGCAGGGGUUCCGAAAUGUGCUGCUGCUCGAGGCGGAGGACCGCAUCGGCGGACGCAUCCAUACGAUCCCAUUCGCGGACAACGUCGUGGAUCUGGGCGCCCAGUGGUGUCACGGCGAGCAGGGAAACGUGGUGUACCAGCGGGUUAAAGAUCAGAAUAUGCUGGAGGCGACGGAGCCCCACUACGACAACUUCAAGUGCGUGCGAUCCAACGGGGAAGUGCUGCCCGAGGCGAUCGCGGAACCGCUGAAGACAAUCGCGUUCAACUCCAUUCCGGAGAGACAGACGGAUCUGGGGAGCUAUGACGGCUCCCUGGGUGACUACCUGGACAUGAAGUACUGGAAGGAGCUGGCCAAGCUGCCGCCCAUCGACCGCACCAUCGCCGAGGAGUUCCUCGAAGUAUUCCACAAGUUUGAGGCGUCUGUGGAAGCCGCUGAUCACCUGUACGAAGUGUCUGGGCGCGGACACCUGGAGUACUGGCUGUGUGAGGGCGAACUGUUGCUCAACUGGCGGCAGAAGGGCUACAAGCAGUUCCUCAGAGUUUUGAUGAAAGCCCAGGACGCUCAGCCAGAAGAUCUGGGCGUGCUCAAGGGACACGUGCUGCUCAAUAAGCGCAUUGCCGAGAUCAACUGGGAGGGAGCCGACGAGCUGAAGAUCCGUUGCUGGAAUGGGGAGAUUCACACAGCGGAUCACGUCAUCUGCACCGUCUCCCUGGGAGUACUGAAGGAGCAGCAUAGAAAUCUCUUUGUGCCCAACCUCCCCGCGGCAAAGGUGCGGGCUAUCGACGGCCUCAAGCUGGGAACGGUUGAUAAGUUCUUCCUAGAGUUCACUGCCCCGCCCCUGCCCGAAGACUGGCCCGGCUUCAACUGCCUCUGGCUGAAGAAGGAUCUGGACGAGCUGCGCGGCUCGGAGCUGUUUUGGCUGGAGAGUGUCUUUGGAUUCUAUCCCGUCUCGCACCAGCCCCGCAUUUUGCAGGGAUGGAUUAUUGGAGCCCAUGCACGCCACAUGGAGACGCUCACCGAGGAGACGGUUCUGCAGGGCUUGCUUUGGCUCUUCCGCAAGUUCCUGCCCUUCGAUGUGGCUCCUCCACAACGCUUCCUGCGCACCCAGUGGCAUGCGAAUCCCAACUUCCGCGGUAGCUACACCUUCCGCUCCACCUACACGGACGAGCUGCGUACAGGUGCCUGGGAUCUGGAAGCUCCGCUGAUGGAUGUCGGCGGUCGGCCACGCCUUCAGUUCGCCGGAGAGUCCUCCCACAAGCACUACUACUCCACCGUGCAUGGGGCCGUGGAGACGGGAUGGCGUGAAGCGGAACGUCUGAAUGUUUACUACAAGGCCCGAACGGCGCAGCUGUGAGCCAAGAUGCAAAGGAUCAAUGGGGCAUGAAGUGUACAAUAAGUACGAGUUUGAUGUAUGAGUAGAGUGAAAAGAAACGAAGUACAAAACGUAGUACAUGUGCUUUGUGCGGUACUUGAAAAGUACCUAUUGAUUGACCAGCUGUUCAACUUAAAUACAGAUUUUGAUAAGAUAUAAUCGUAUCGAUUUCAGCAUUUAUUAGAUUAAAUGAGAGCAAUUCAAUAUAUCAGACCACUUUGCUGAAAGUUUUGUUUGCUUGCAUUAUACUUUAAGAAGCUAAAUAAAUAUAUGUAUGUAUAGAGAAGGAUAUAAUGGA